CCAUCUUGUUUAGAGCAAAAGGGAGAGAGGAGGAAAAGAGGAAAGGGAGAGAAGAUGAGAAUAACCCAAGCAUGAUCGAUCUGCACAAUGAAUAAUUGAAGAGGGAUGUAUUUUGGAGAGUUCUGUUCUCAGCCCAGCCAAGCCAAGCCCAGCUCUCCUACAAUGAUUUCUCUUUCUACUCCUGCUUGUGACACAGGGCAGCAGUUCCCUGCAGUGCACCUCUCGCAUAGUAAAGCUGAUGUACAUCCGGGACAGUGUAAACACUGAUGACUCGAAAACGGCUCUCAGUGGGAGAGGAGCAGAGAGGAGUCGGUUACCUAAUAGAACUUUGCGCUGGCUGCUCCUGCCGCUGCUAACGACGAUACUCCUAUAUUCACAUUCUGGGCUCAGGAACAUUUAGGGCGACAGGAGGAAGGAGGGAUAACCAGAGCAGGGCUUUGAAUCAUAUGCCUAACCUAUCGACCCAGCUGAGCACACCUCCUCCUCUCCUCUGUGAAUGCCCUCACUUGCAGCAUGGACUCCGGAGGGGAAAGAGAGGAAGGGUGGAUGGAAGACCAGUGGGAGAAAUGGGACUAAACAGGGCAAUUGAUGCUUUGGCAGGACAAAUCCCUCUUUCCCGAUUGGUGUGGAGGUUGACCCAUGACAUCAGCCUGAAUGAGUUUGAGGAUGACGACCUGUCUGAGAUCACUGAGAUCACAGAUGAGUGUGGGAUGAGUCUCAACUACAUGGGCCUAGAGAUUAAGGGCUGUGUGAGGCAGGCGACCAAUAGUGGGGUGGGGAAGGAGGAGCUGGGUGCUGUCGGCCAGCUCCAGGCCGAGAUGCUCCAUUUGGAUCUGAUCGACGGGGCCGACGGUUACCGCGAUGACAAGGAGUCAUCUCAGCCAUCUUCCACAGCACCCCUGCCAGUAACCGAGGACCCCCCUCUAGUAACCAUGGAUAUGUACCGGCCAAAGAGACCCACAACCCUUAAUCUUUUCCCCAUGGUGCCACGCACUCAGGACACAUUAAACAACAACUCAUUUGGUAAGAAGUACAGCUGGCAGGAGAAGGUCUCGCGCUCAUCCUCCCCCCUCAAAACAGGCGGGCUGAUCUCUCCCCAUGAGCACAGCUGUCUAAGCGACGAGGACAAGCAGGGAGGUGGGACGCAGACCAAGGACCGCGGCACAUCCACUGACACUCCCUGCAGAUACAAACACACCUCUGGACACACCCACAGCUCCACAGCGGGGACACGCUCCAAACUGCCGGAGAAGCCCCCAGCACCCCCGCCUCCCCAAAACUACACACUCGCACCUCUGGGCCCCCCAGGGAAAGGCGAAGGGGGGACACACAGAGAGAAGAUCCGCUAUCACACAGAUGUACGCCUAGAACCCACCGAGGAGAUCUAUCUGACUCCCGUGCACCGUUCCGAGCAGGACUACCCAUUCCUGUCCCAGCAGCCAGAGCACGGACACAUGUCAAUCAGCUCUGACACCGAGGGCCCGCCCCCUUACCAGCCUCUGCCUGAUCGGACCAACCCUUCCAUCUGCGAGGAGGACGAGGUGUAUGUGCACCCUCCCUCCUAUGCCUCCUAUGUGGAGGUUCUCUUCACCCCUCCCUCUACCGCCCCCCCCAGGGAACCCCCAGGCUUAGCCCUGAACCUCGGCCUGAGGGAAGGAGGAGCAGGGGCGAUGGUGAGGGCAGGGGCAGGAGCGGAGUAUGUAGAUGCCCAGGAUGAGACAUUUGGGGUAGAGGGUGAGGAUGAGAGGGUAAGGGUUGUGGGAGGCAGGCAGAAUUUGGGACGUGGUGGCUGUGGUGCCCCCACGAGUACUUUGAUGAGCUCGGAUGCGAGUGGUCUGUCUUACGACUCUGUGAAGUACACACUCGUUGUGGACGAGCACGCGCAGCUCGAACUGGUAAGUCUGCGGCAGUGUUACCAAUGUUACAGCGACGACAGCAACUCUGCGACCGUCUACGACAACUGCGUCUCGUCUCCGUAUGAGUCGGCCAUAGGGGAGAAGUAUAAGGAGGAAGAGGAAGAAGAGAAAGAGGAGGAGGAGGAUGAGGAGGAGGAGGAGGAGGAGGGGGAGGAGGAGGAUGAGGAGGAGGAGAGAGCGAGAGUGGGAAGGGUGAGGAGAGAAGCCAUCGCCUGUGUGUCAGAGGACUCCACCCCGGAGGCGAACUUGCACUUCUCUAAGAAGUUCCUCAACAUCUUCAUGAACGGACGGUCACGAUCAUCCAGUGCAGAGCCGUUUGGCUUGUUCUCCUGCCUCAUAAAUGGGGAAGAGAGGGAACAGAGUCACAGAGCCGUCUACAGGUUUGUCCCUCGCCAUGAUGAUGAGCUGGAGUUGGAGGUGGAUGACCCUGUACUGGUGGAGGUACAAGCAGAGGAUUACUGGUACGAAGGCUAUAACAUGCGUACAGGCACCUGCGGCAUCUUCCCUGCUUACUACGCCAUAGAGGUCGCCAAGGAGCCAGAGAGCUUCAAAGUGAAGAGCAGUGAAUGGGUAGACAGAUACCACAUGAAAUUCCUGGGCUCGGUCCAAGUGCCCUACCACAAAGGCAACGAUGUUCUGUGUGCAGCUAUGCAGAAGAUUGCCACCAAUAGGAGGAUGACAGUGCAGUAUAACCCACCUUCGUCUUGUAUCCUUGAGAUCAAUGUGAAAGGCGUGAAGCUUCUAGUCCAUGAUGACUACUAUGCCUCUGACAAAAGUAACCAGUGCAGCCACUUCUUCCAGUUGAAGAAUGUUUCCUUCUGUGGAUAUCACCCUAAGAACAGCAAGUACUUUGGCUUCAUCACAAAACACCCAGCUGACCAGAGAUUUGCCUGUCAUGUGUUUGUGUCUGAAGAUUCUACUAAACCCCUGGCAGAGUCUGUUGGGAAAGCCUUCCAGUUGUACUAUAAGGAAUUUGUAGAUUGCUCCUGUCCGACAGAGGAUAUUUACCUGGAAUAGCACCCACCCCGCCUUCCACCACAACCCUGUACAUUACAGUGUAUUAUAACAUAAUGUUGCAUGACAGAGAAAACAAUUCUAACAAAUGUGAACUAAUAAAUCUGACAAAAAGAUGAAGGAGAGAGAGAAAGAAGGAGAGGGUGUCUGUUUGUCCAAAGAUUUUAAACAGUAUGAAGUUUGAACAAGUAAUUGAUCCAAACAUAGUGGAGAUGUUGAAGAGGGGGUCCCAAAAUAUGCAAAAUGGAGUCACUGAUGAGGAAGUUAAUGUGCCACUCAAGCACAAUUCUCAGAUCAUAGUGACCACGGGCCUCAUUUAUAAACGUUGCGUAGGCACAAAAGAAGGCGUACACCACUUUCUAAGCAAACUUUGGUAUUUAUUUUUAAAAAACUUGACGGGAGAAUGUGCGGUUCUCCACAGACACUUUGACACGUACGUAUGCACAUAAACUGGAGAAAUGAGAAACUGUGACUCCGACGGCAGAAGGGUGAAACUCGAGGAAUGCUUUGAAAUUGAUACCAUUGUGCAAAAUAAAUUGAAAUAUUACCUUUCACGUAUUAUAUAUGAAGAGUUCCCUGGAGUACACACAAAAGAAACCUCUCAAAAAACAUGAUUUAAUAUAAUAAAUACAAAUGGAGAUAUCUGUUUUUGCAAAAUAACCCCUCAAAUAUGUUGUAAAGUUUAAUCGGGAAUCAUAUUUAAUUGGAUCUGUAAUUAUUAAACAAUACUUGGAUGUUAUGAAAUGUAUUCUCAUAAAUAAUAAGGUGAACAGUAGGAAAAAUUACGUUUAAACUGAUGCCGUUUUCAAUGCCUCAGUCGGGCAGAUACCAGUGCAAAGUUUAAUAUAUUGUUAUCACAUGUUCGUUGCACAGAACUGUCAAUGUGAUAAUGGCCCUGCCAUUGUCAGUUACAAUCAGGGUAAUUACUACACCUGAAGGUGUUACACAAUUGGGUGGCUUUGACAAUCAAAUGGGUGGGUAUAAAAAGGUAUGCAAUUACAAUGCUUAAUGACUCACAAUGGCUGCUUUGGCACUGUUGGAAGAUGAAUGGAAGAAUUCGGAGAGAGCGAAUUUUCAGAGACCAGACAGAUUUACUGGCAAAUGAUGAAGAGUGGCUUAUUAGCCGGUUCCGAUUACCGAGAGCUGUUCUCAGGGAUCUCUGUGCUGUAGUGGGCCCAGCUUUACAGAGAAGCACCCGCAGAAACCAAGCCGUGCCAGUCCCACAUCAACUCCUUGGCAACCUCGUUAAUAGCGUCGAUGGUGUCUCUUCGCGUUUGCAGGACUGCAUCUGUGAGGACAUGGCCACUGGAGGGUUGUGACGCAUGAGGUACAGUGGAGACGCUGGGGCUGGGCGCACUCAGCUCCUGCUCAGCUGUAGCUCCACCGACCCCACAGGAACACACAGCGACUAAAAACAAUUGAAAAUGUCACAAUUGUUUGUUUAAACAAAACUUGAAUGCAUUUGGUUUUCAAACGAGGGAAUACUAAUUACAUACCUGGAUCAUCGGGUGCGUCUUGCAUGUCCGUGUCCCCCUCCACCUCUGUCACUACUCCAUUCAGGAGGGAUUCCCCUAUAAUACUGGCAAGUCCCUCAUCAAGGAGCAAGGGGAUUGGCCUCCACUUUUAUGUCUGACCACUUCUUUUUUAUUUCUGAGAAAGUCUGACCAUUCACAGCGUCCGCCACAUGCUGCCACUCUAACGCCUUUUUGGCAUUUGUAAUGCCCACACCGUGUCCACCAAACAAUAUAUUUUUUCUUGCUUCAACCUCCCCUACAAGAACUACAAGAACAAUUUCACACUGGAUGAAAUUUCUUUUUUUAGCCUUUCUGUCGGGAUUUGCCGUCAUUGUCGUCAUGCAGUCAGUAUGGAUGAAUAUUAAUUAGGAACGUUUCACUGACUAUUUAUAGGCAACUAUGGGCUUUAAAAGGGUGGGACAAGACACUCGCUCACGUGCGCCAAAUGUUGAGUUGAUUGUGAUUUAUGAAGGGAAACGGACGUGGGACGUGCGUGCGCAUUGUGUUAUAAAUCUGAAUUUUUGCGCAUAAGCACUUUCUGUGUUUCUCCGUACGCCACCUUUUGACGUGAAUCCUCCGCACAGUUUUAUAAAUGAGGCCCCUGAACUGGAGUAUUCUAAGACUAAUCUUUGUGGAUUUAGAGCUUGAAUCCCAGGUAGAACACUGGGCUUUGUGGACUUGGAGCUUGAAUCCUAGGUAGAACCCUGGGCUUUGUGGACUUGGAGCUUGAAUCCUAGGUAGAACACUGGGCUUUGUGGACUUGGUGAACCGAAGAAAAACCAAUAGUCGCUAAGGUAACAGCAAAUGGACGUCAGGGAAAAUAAAUCAAUAAAUAAAUAAGGAUCUUAUUAAACUACUAGUAUUUGAGUUUUCUAAUUCCUAAUUCUAUGGAAUCUCGAAUGUUGGUGUGAUACAUUGUGUGAGGAAAACAGUGAUUCUCCAUGAGCUAAUGGUGCAGUGUGUUUGGAGAGGGAUAUAAGGCCUCACUGGAGAGUCCUGUGGUCUAAGGUAACUAACGAUCUAGGAUCAGAUUACCCUACCCCAUCCUUUACAAUUAAGGGGAUGACAAAUGUUAUAACAAAUUAUCAGUGGCUCACACUGUUACUUAUUUUCCAUGUGUUGUUCCCCCUAAACCAAAAACAAGUAAGCAUUAGGGUCACACUGUUGGCCAGGAAUAGUGUCUUUAACAUGCUGCAAAGCCUUUGGUGUUCUCUCUGGUACACUGUCAGAACCCUCAAAUAUAUUCACAUUAAGGAAUCAAGAGCAAACUUUUAAAACAGAGGUUCCUACCAAUAAAAGCGCUCACACUGUUUUCUGUUCGGAAAUGCUUCAGUUUGUUUGUGCUGAACAUGACCCUAGUUAUUCUUUGAUUUGUGGGAAGACUGAUUCUUGUUAAAUCUUAAUUGAAUUACAGUAUUGUACUUCUAUUACCAGAAACAAGGAGAUGGACUACAGAGUUUCCAGUCAACCGCUUUGGCUUGCUUUUAAGGUAGUUUUAGUCUUCUAAUUUGCAGGAAGGGUCACUGUGGACUGCCUCAUAGUUCUUCUCAUGCUCAGUUUGAACAUGAAAGGAGAGUUCAUGUUGAGAGUUCAAAUGGGGUUGCCAUUCAGAUAACUGGGUAUAAGAUAAGGAUGCUUACUCAAGCUUUUACCCUGGUAACAUAAAAGGGAAUUACCUCUGACCCUCACAAAAAGGACAUGGAAGGUGAAGUGUGUCGGAAAUGCAUGAUGGGAGAUGGAGUUUUAAAGGUAGUGCCUGACAUAUUUUACAAGUAGUGCCUAUAUGAAGGAUAAUUGUUGUAACUGCUAUGUCCUUUAGAUUUACCACAAUGUGUGUUGAUAGGAGAGAUUGAAAAAAAGGCUAUUUUUGUGGAGGAGAUAUGAGUGUGUUGAGAUGGUAAGAAAAUAAUAAAGAAAGACUAGAUCAAGGAUCAACAUAAUAAGAUAGGACCUCACCUCAAAAUGGCCAACUCAUAGCCAGGGGUUUGUGCCUGGAAACAAUGGCCUGGUCUGAAAUCAACCAAUUGCUCCUACCCAUUAAGAUGCUUGUAGAUUCUGAUGGAACUAGAGGUGUUUGUUUAUACCUUAAGUUCAAUGGAAGGCUAGGUGGAGCCAUCCCCCUAUUGCCUACACCUUUCCAGUCUUCAGAUUUGCCAUCACAGAAGGGGUAGGGGAAAGGGCAAAUAAUUGUAUUGUGUGGCUUUCUGACAAAGUGAUUUCUAAUGUGGCUGACACAGAAUCACAUUCUAACAAGAACUUGUAGCACAAUGUAUUGUUUAUAAGAACUGUAUUUAACUGAACAUGUAAAAACAUUGUGAGAAGGAAUGCUUGUCAAAUGGGUGUCUCUAACUUAUGAAAGCAUGGGAUAUGAAACCACAUUCAUUCUACCACCUGUCAAGCAUCUCCCUAUGAAUAGUGACAUGUAUUUCCAAGUCACAAGUUUACAUUGUAUCUUCAUCAUUCCUAUUUUUCUUCUGAGCCAAGAAACAAAGGCCAAAAUUCUGAUCAGAUCCGCCUUAAACCGUGAUAAAUGACAAUUGCAUAGCAUAUCAUUGUUUUCGUGUUGUGUGUUGUAAUCUACACCUUGAUUAGGCUGAUAUAAAUCUGUAUUAUUUUAUGUAGCCUACACUUUUACAUUCGGAACUUCUAACACAGGUGGGACUGGUGUGACAAAGACCUCAAGAGCAGCCAUUCACAAUUUGAAAGCUCCAAUGCAGAACACCUGCAACAUGGCCUAAACAAAAACAAUUACAUGCAAUGCAGUCUGUCGGUUAUUGCAAGUUAAGGCGAAUCUGAUUGAAUCAUGCCUGAUUUUGCGACAUUCUCCGAGACUACUUCUAUUUUCAGUCCCCAAACAGUCAUUAUGGCCACUAAGAGGAAACCAAGUAAGGUUAUAAAGAGUGUACAGAUAUGCCAUAUAUACAUAAAUAUAUUGUAAUUACAAAUGUUACACUUUACCAAUUCUUACUGUAGUAAUUUAAAUGAUUUUGAUUUAUUUCUUUUUAAGUGUGAAUUGUAUUAUUUAUUUAAAAUGUUCAAUGCAGCA